AUGCCGCUAUCCACAGAAAAUGGUUCUCGGAAAUCAACAGAGACAGACGCACAGCAAUCAAGAGACAUGUGGGCUCCGCGGCGAUCCAGUGAAAGUGGGCGACUUAGCGACGAAGCCGUUCCACUUUCUCAGAUGGGCGACGUUGACGCGCUCAUCAAAUGGAACGCCCACGACAACAAGCGAAAAGGUAACCAAGCGCGCAAAGGAAAAGACCCACCAGUAUUGCACAAGCUCACGAGAGAACACAUCCGAGCUUGGAAAAGCGCCGCCAACGAUUACAAGGUCAACUUUCCCCGCGUCAACCUAUGGUCAUGCAUGUACUGCCUUCACUACAUCGACUACCACAAGCGACCACGAUAUUCGCGUUUCCGUUGCGCGGAACGGGAGUGCGUGGGCAGAGGCAAAUUGCAAGUGAACUAUCUUUGGAAUAUCACCGAAAGCGUUCCUGUGUAUGUCGAUGGUCGGAGCAAGUUGUUAGGGCGAUCUUGGGCGCGCCCAUGGGAGGAUGUCGGUGACAUCUAG